AUGAAUUCCAACGCUGAAGGUCCAAACGAAGAAAGAAUCGAGGAAACAAGCACGCCAAGCACGCCAAGCACGCCAGUCACGUCACCGCCCACAGCCGCAGUGGAAACGAGUUCUUCAACAGGCUCAAUACAGACGGAUAACCCACAAAGUGGAAGCGUGAAAAUGGCCGCUGCCAAUUUUAAUAUUCCUCCUUCGGCUAAGUUUGAUCCCAAAGCAGACGAUUGGGACCACUGGAUAAAGCGCUAUGAAUUAUUUGAAGCAGCUAAGGAACGUGAUGGGCUGUCAGAUAAAGUGCGCAUCAAUACGCUUAUUUAUGUAAUGGGAAAUAAUGCCGCCGACAUUUAUGACAGUUUCAAACUGAUAGGGGAAGAUAUCCAGUACGCAAAUGUCAAACAAAAAUUCAAGGAUCAUUUUAAAGGAAAAGUCGCUUUAGUCUUCGAGAGAACACAGUUCGUAAGACGCUUUCAGCAAGACAAAGAAUCUGUCCUCACCUUUACAGAAGACCUUCAGAAAAGAGCCGACCUCAGCUCUUUUGGGGACCUUCGUGACCAAAUGGUGCACACUCAAAUAAUAGCUGGUUUGCGUGAUUCUCAUCUCAGGCGACGAUUGAUGCCAAAUGACAAUUUAACCCUAGAUCCAGUAAUUAAACUCUAG